AUGGGAUGUGGCUUGCAAAGACCUCAAAGCAAGCAGGAGAAACAGGAUGUGCAGUGGCUUCCUGAAGGGCAAGCUGGACAGGGUCAAGCCCAAGAUGAGACCUCUCAAGGGAAAGUGCAGGUGCUGCAGGAAGUGGUGUUAGUGAGUGAAGCCAAACAUUUAGUCCCCAACAAAAUGAGAGAUGUUUUCUGUACUAUAAACUUGGACCAAGAAGAAGUUUUUCGUACGCAGGUAGUUGAAAAAUCUUUAAGCCCUUAUUUUGGAGAAGAGUUUUACUUUGAGAUUCCAAGAACGUUCCAAUGGCUGUCCUUCUACAUUUAUGAUAAGACUGUUUUACAAAAAGACCUGCGUAUAGGUAAAUUUUCUUUUCCCCCCCCCCCCCCAUGCAAUUACACAGGCAAAGAGAACUGGUUUUUGCUUCAACCUAUUGAUUCUAAUUCAGAGGUUCAGGGAAAAGUUCACCUUGAAUUAAAACUGAAUGAACUGAUAACAGAUAAUGGAUCUGUGUGCCAGCAGCUAGUAGUACACAUAAAGGAAUGCCACGGGUUGCCUCUUAUAAAUGGACAGAAUUGUGACCCUUAUGCAACAGUCUCUCUUGUGGGUCCUUCCAGGAAUGACCAAAAGAAGACCAAAGUAAAGAAGAAAACAAGCAAUCCGCAGUUUAACGAAACAUUUUAUUUUGAGGUAACCAGGUCCAGCAGUUAUACCAAAAAGUCCCAGUUUCAGGUGGAAGAAGAAGAUAUUGAGAAAUUGGAGGUCAGGGUUGACCUUUGGAACAAUGGAAAUCUGGUACAAGAUGUCUUUCUAGGAGAAAUUAAAGUUCCUGUGAAGGUGUUAAGAAACGAUUCCUUUCAAGCAUGGUACUUACUUCAACCAAGAGAAAAUGGAAACAAGUCUUCUAAAACUGAUGAUCUGGGAUCACUUAGAUUAAAUAUUUGUUAUACUGAAGACUAUGUACUUCCAUCUGAAUACUAUGCUUCUUUAAGAAACUUGCUGCUAAAAUCACCAGAUGUUCAGCCAAUUUCUGCAUCUGCUGCCUACAUUUUGAGUGAAGUAUGUCAAGACAAAUGUGAUGCUGUUCUGCCUCUUGUAAGAUUGUUGCUACACCACCAUAAGCUAGUUCCAUUUGUCACUGCAGUGGCAGAGCUAGAUCUGAAGGACACCCAAGAAGCAAACACAGUCUUCAGAGGGAACACCUUAGCAACUCGAUGUGUAGAUGAAAUGAUGAAAAUAGUGGGGAGGCACUACCUAAAAGUUACUUUGAAACCAGUUCUUGAUGAGAUAUGCGAGUCUCUAAAACCCUGUGAAAUAGAUCCCAUCAAGCUAAAAGAAGGUGAUAACGUAGACAUUCAUAUGGAAAAUCUACGCUAUUAUGUAGACAAAGUAUUCCGUGAAAUUGUGCGGUCAAGUAUAAGUUGUCCUACCCUAAUGUGUGAUGUUUUUUAUUCUUUGAGGCAUCUGGCUGCCAAAAGAUUUCCAAAUGACCCUCAUGUACAGUAUUCUGCAGUGAGCAGCUUUGUGUUUCUUCGUUUCUUUGCUGUAGCCGUAGUCUCACCUCAUACUUUUCAUUUACGACCUCACCAUCCAGAUGCACAGACUUCAAGAACAUUAACUCUUAUAUCAAAAGCCAUCCAGACUUUGGGGAGUUGGGGAAGUUUGACCAAAAGCAAACUUUCAAGUUUCAAGGAGACGUUUAUGUGCGAGUUUUUCAAAACAUUUCAAGAGGAAAAGUUUACUGAAUCUGUUAAAAAGUUCCUAGAUGAUGUUUCCUCUACUGAAAGUAGAGAGCCCAGUGGUCUGAGUGAGCCAGUACAUCUAAAAGAAGGAGAAAUGUACAAAAGAGCUCAAGGAAGGACGCGGAUUGGUAAAAAGAAUUUCAAGAAACGGUGGUUCUGUCUAACAAGUAGAGAAUUCACCUACCACAAACAACAAGAUAAAGAACCAAUUUUCACUAUUCCAAUCAAAAACAUCCUUGCAGUGGAGAAGCUUGAUGAGAGCUCCUUCAACAAGAAAAAUAUGUUUCAAGUACUACAUGGAGAGAAGCCACUCUAUAUCCAAGCAAAUAACUGUGUAGAAGCUAGCGAGUGGAUAGAAGCUCUCUGCCGGGUGACGAGAUGCAACCAGAAGAGACUUAGUUUUUACCAUCCUUCUGCUUUUCUGAACGGGAACUGGCUCUGCUGCAAGGCUACCGUAGAGAACACAGUGGGCUGUGCUCGUUGCACUGCAGAUGUUCCUGAAAAUCCUGCUGAUACUCAAAUUGAGAUUGAUGGAGAUAGAGAGACAGAAAGAAUUUACUCACUUUUCACCAUCAACAUGUCUAAACUUCAGAAGUUGGAAGAGACUUGCGGAAGUAUAGCAGUCUAUCAAGGUCCACAGAAAGAACCAGAUGACUAUUCUAACUUCACAACUGAAGACUCUGUAGCAAUCUUUCAUACACUUAAACAAAUAAUAGAUAUAGUAGGAAAGCUGAAUGACUCCCAUGAAAAAUAUCGAAAGAAGAGAUCAUCUAGUGCUAAAUAUGGCAGUGAAGAAAAUCCAAUUGUUGGAAAAGUUUCCUAACCAAAACAAACUGUGGCUUAUAUGGAUGAAGAAGAAACUGGAAAUGUUCCUGGGUUGUUUUUGGUGGUUUUUUUUAUUCAUUACCUACACUUUCACAAAGUAUUUAAGAAUGAACAUAAAUGCUAGUUGUGUUGACAAUCUAUUUAAUAUUUAAUAGAAAACUUUCUGCUUGGAAAUCUGGUCUUAAAAAUUUAUUCCCAUUUUGCUGAAGAACUUGAAAUUCCAGGUUCUUGAAGUAAUAGAUGUGAAUAAAUCUAAAUGUCUUUCUGCCAUUGCUGUCUUAUUGGAAAGAACUUUCUAAACAAAUAAGCUUUUUAAGGGAAGAAAAUCAAUACAGAAAUUGUUGAUUGGAUUACAUCUCUCUGGGUGUAUAUAUACUGCAAACUUGCAUCAGUUUACCAUGAGUGCCUGCCCUGCUGAUAUGGAUCUGGAAAGUGAAAUCUUGAGAUACUAUGACAUGGAAAAAUCUGAAGCUUCAUAUUCAAUUCAUCUGACUUUUUUUCUCACAUUAGGUUUGUCAGGACUUGAUUUGACUUAUUCCUGGAGUCUUAGAAAAUUAUGCAGUAUGUUGCAAAUAAUUUGGACAGCAGAUACCAGUGUUAGUUAUUUUUUUUAAGUACUAAAGAAGAAGAAAUCAGGGAACUUAUGUUGUGCCUCGUGUUUACAUUUGGGGUGAGUAAUAUAUGUAGUGACAUUAGGCCAUUAUCUGUUUUCUUUAGGAAUUUUUAAGGUACAGAUUUUUUUCUUUAUUUUAAUAAGAAAUGCAGGGUAGCAACAUUUCCCCCCACCCCCAAAGGAAAAAGUUUGCUUACACACCGAAAAAUUCAAAUGUGAACAGAUUGUGGUUAAGAAAGUACUGAUCAACUUACAUGAUCCCACAUAUGAUUUUCUUUUUCAAUAAAAGUAAUAAUUCGGCCCAGCUUAUCUUUUAACUACAAAUCUAACAAACAAUGCAUCUCUAAUGUAAUCACUCAAAGCACUUUAGAUAUCUGGACUAUCCCAGAUUAUUUUUAGAUACUUUGUAGUAUCUUCUUGUUAUGAUCAGUUGAAUGAUCAACAUUGUUUUGUCAAUGCUUAAGUGAUAUUUUUAUGUCUUUAGUUAUAUAAAUUCUUAUUUGCCAGUUAACACAAUUUUAAACUGGUAUUCUUGACUUUAGGAAGAUUAAUUUUUUUUGCUUACUUCAUCUGAGAAUUUAGGUUGUGUUGAAAGAAUAUAUAUGUAUAGAACCAGGAAGAAGCAAAGGUAUUACUGUGGCAACUUUGCUUCAGCAGUAUUAAAUACAGUGGUACUCCUUAGAUUAUUAUUUUUCUAAUAAUAAUUGUCUAUGUGUGGUACUUCUAUUUUUGGAGCAUUUACUGUGGGGUCUUUUUUUUUUUAAUCACGAUUUGCCCAAAAUAAUUAAGAAUGUAACUUACCAAUAGAAAGAGUAGACAUUCACAAUGUUUGCAAAACUCUAAUGUACACUAUAUGUUUGCAAUACUGUUGUAGGGAGGCUUUCUACAGAAAGACAACCCAAUUGGCAAAACAGGUUUGAAAUGUCUUUUGAAAUGAAUGUAGCUGUUGUCAAAAUGACUGUUUGUUUUAAUACUAGAGGAACUAUUAAGGAAUAUCUGGAAUUCAGAACCAGCAUCUGCAGUGUCACAAUCAUUUAAUCACCUGCAGCUGUGUUUGCCUUUUAUUUUAUUUAUAUAUAUAUCUGUAUCUGUAUUCUAAGGGACUUUUCUUUAACAGAAGUUGAAAUUAGGGAGGGAAAAAAAUCUUUAUUAAUGCCAAGAAUUGUUUUGCCAAAGUCAGGUGGGUCUGAUUAAUUGCCAUUAAAAAGCUGCUGUUAAAGUUGAAUGCUGUUGAGUGUCAGAGUUAAGUUUUGUUGUGUAUUGGCCAACCCUGUUGCAAAUUGUCUGUUCCUUGGAGCCGUUUUCUGUUAUUUUCAAAGUCAAAUUUAUGACAAAUUAAAUUGCAUGCUAUUGCAACAUUUUUUUUUGAAAAAUAUGCACUUUUUAUUUGCUUUGGUACUGGAAUAUCUAGAAAAAACAAAGGCCACUUAAUAUUUGUGACCAUUAAGAUUUAAUUUCUCACUUAAUAAUUUUUUAAAAGGCAGUAGAUGUUCUAGAAUUUAAUUAGGUACAAGUAGGAUGAUUAAUAAUAAAAGUUGCCUUCAUUUUGAUUAAUCUAGAAAGAAAACAUUGUUCAGUAAUUAGGUCUAUUUGGAUUGUAAAUUAUCAUUACUUUUAAUUUGUAUUAUGAUGAUGUAUUGUUGAAUGUAUUUUUAUUUAAAUUUUAUUUUCUUAUCAAAAUAUUAAUGUUUUGUAACAUUGCUUGAGAAUAACUCACAAAUAAAUUUACAACAAACUUGAUCUGCUGCGUAUUUCCUGUGAGGCCUGGCUUUUUAGCAUGUUCAUUUAUUUGAAGACUGAAUCAGAUGGAGAUUUACAUGCUGCAGUUGGGUAUAACAAGAUCAGAUCAAUAUGACAGAAAAAGCAUAAUUAAGUUAAAGGAUCUUGCAUGGUCACAUACAAAAUUUUUGGUUUUUUUUCUCUCACCUGCUCUCACUCCUAUGCCUAUGGAAAUUUUUUAAUAAGGUAACUUUGUUGAAGCGAAUUUCAAUGUCUUGAGAUGUCUUAUUUCCUGUACAGAAAACUGAGCGUGGGAGCUCUUUAGUAGGAGUUACAAUGCAAACCUUCCAGCCGUUUUGGAGUUGAUUUUGACUGAUUCUGAGGUAAGCUGCAUUAAGGCCCAGUCUGGUCAUACAUUCAUAUGCAGAGAUUCAGAAAGCGGAGGAAGUUAAAGAUGAAAUUGGAAGAACAGAAGGAGUUUCUCUAUGGGCACUGUGUGAAUCUUAUUAAAGAGAUUCUGUGAUCAUUAUAGCAGAGUGAUCUAAUCUUUUCACUACUAAUAUGCCACCUUCUCUAACCAUUCCGUUAUUCUGAGUUUUUUCUAAGUCGUAAUAUGGAAGGGUGUUACAACCUGUGCUGAUCGUGCUCCCAAGUGCUGGGCUAGGCUAACAACCAUAGAUACGUAAUGCCUCUGUAGCUAGAAACUUUUUCCUAGAACUCUCAAUUUUUGGAAAGUUAGUGUGCCAGUUUCUCAUAGAUAAAUCUCUGUUAUUGGGCUUUUCAAACUAAUGUCUCCCAUUCUACAUGCAGAUAACUAUAGUGGUGAGGGGGAAAUAAAUUAAAUACAUACACACAUUCAUACAGUCUGUUGAUAGACUAUAUGUAGGCAAUAGAAGCAAUAACAUAUGGAAAAUGUUUACAAUACGUCAUCUUUGAAAUACAUAAAUGAGCAGAAAUUGAAGUACAAAAUCUGCAACAUUUAGUCAUAUGUAGUAAGGACUGAUUCAGUAUUUUUUGAAAAUGGCAUAUAUAAAUAGAGAAUAAAAAACAUGCCAGUAAGCAUCAACUUUCAGGACCAAAUAAGGGACUUCUGGUAGAAUGGAGAAAUGCAUACAGUUUACUUCAGGUUCUUCUGAAUACUUACAAAAGUAUAUUUAGCUGAAGCUUUCAUGAUUUAUGCAUACUAAAGUAAAACAGGAGUCUUUUAAUAGGUGUACAGUGGCUACCUCGGUAUUACUGUAUUCAGCCCUGAAGAGACUGCUCUUGGCAUAUUUGGCCCGUUCCUGGGAUGCAGGAAUACAGGGCAGCUAUUGACAAGCUAGAGAAGUUUUCAGAGUAGACCUACAAAAACUGGGAGGAAUAUAGACUGUAAUUCAGCUAAAUUAUUUAGUUUAGAAAGAAAAGUUUAAGAAGUCACUUUGUGUACCUAAACCAGGUACAGCUCUAUAACACAGCUGAAUAAGGUUUAACAAGAUCCAGUGGCUGCUGUAAUUUUUGUUUCGUUUUUUGUCCUUAGAAAAUACGUAGGUUUUGUAAGCUUGUGAUUUGUUAGAAACUCAGACAACAUUGAACUGUUUUUAAAUAUUCUUUACAUGAAUUUAGAAGUACAUGAAAAUAAUAUUCAUCCAUAUAUAAAGACACUAUACAAUCUAAUCUAAUUAUGACGUGCCAUAAAACUGUAAUGACCAAAUCCUUUCACUGCUCAAGAUCAUGAUUAUUUAAGCAUAAUUAUUAUUGCAAAUGCUGUAGCAGUUGUAUAUAAAGUCUAGUUAAGUUUGAGGGGGGGAAAAAAAGGAGAUACAAGUCUUUGUUCCUAUUUUAUAAACAGUAUCUAUGUGGGGAGGGGGGUUGUAUCCAAACAGCCAGUUUAGUUUGCUGUAAAGAUUCCUGCCCCUCCCUUUUCCUUCAUCCUCUAUUUUUGGUCAUUAUUCCUGUGCAGGAAUAAAAUGGAAAGAAUGGUGGAACAACCUAAGUAAAGUUACUCUGAGACUUAAGACUUAGAAAGGUAAAAUACAUAAAAGAAAUAAAAA